AUGUCAAUCAAACUCGGGUUCCUCCCCGACUUCACAAGCGCACGACAUGUGAUCCAUCUCUCCGACGGCAAGCGCCUGGUCCUCUUCCGCUUGCCAUCAAUCGAGCCUACAAAAUCCAAGACCAAAGCAGCGAACGAGACUGAAAAUGGCUGGUCGUUUUAUGCCAUGGAGGCGGAGUGUCCGCAUGCCGGUGGUCCGAUGGAGGAUUCGCAGGUCGAUAUUGAGGAUUCCGCGUACAUCGUCUCGUGUCCGUGGCAUGCGUACGAUUUCAAUGUAGAAACGGGCGAGUCAAGCGUUGGGAUUAAGGCGUGUACUUAUCCUGUUGAAGUCCGUGGAGAGACUAUUUUCUUGAAGUACUCAGAGGAUGGUAUCAGUCUGAAACAGCUGGAGCCGGUGACGGAGCAGGUGAAGUUCAAGAAGCAAAGGCAAACCCAGGAGACCGAGCUCUCGGAGAGCCUUCAGAAGAGCCUUGAAAUUUCCUCGAGCCCCGUGUUUCUGGAUGAUAAUGCGACCUUUUGUGAUUGGGCUGUUCAUAUUCUGAAUACUCCUCACCCGGAGCAUAAGAUUGAGCUGACGGUCCAUCUAUUCUCAAUCUUCACCGAACGGGAGAAGUCGUCUUCACCAAUGGAAAUUGGAAGAGGCACAAUAACCCCUCCCGCUACACCACCACGCGAAAAUCUGAACACCGUCAAGGCUACAGAGAUGCCGCGUUCGAGGGGAGGUGGAACACUGAAAAGCCGGAUUACCAUGCUACACGCCCUAGCCAAUAUUGAACUAUGGGCUAUCGACCUUGCCAUUGAUAUCUGCGUACGGUUCUCAACCUUCCAUGCCGAAGAGACUGGAAAGGAACUGCCUCGCGCCUUCUUCCAUGACUGGCUCAAGGUUGCAAGCGAUGAAGCAAAACAUUUUUCAUUUUUGCGAACUAGACUCGAAGAAAUGGGCUCCUACUUCGGUGCCCUUCCUGUUCACCAUGGCCUCUGGGAAUCGGCGACCGCAACCGCCCACGACCUCCGUGCCAGAAUCUGUAUCAUCGCACUCGUCCAUGAAGCCCGUGGUCUGGACGUCAACCCCAUGACCAUCGAGAAAUUCCGCAAAGCAGGCGAUAUUGACAGCGUCGGAGCUCUUGAAGUGAUCCACAACGAUGAGAUCACACACGUGACCACCGGCCAUCGAUGGUUGACGUGGAUAUGUGGGCAGGAAAACACCGAUCCGGUUGAAGUCUUCCGUUCGAACGUCAAAAUGCAUUUCAGGAGUGGGCUAAAGGGCCCUUUCAAUACCGAAGCGCGGAUGCAGGCUGGUAUGGACGAGCGGUAUUAUGGGAAUUAUGAAAAGCAGCCGGCCAAUGUCAAGGUGGCUUAG